AACCUCACCACAAACUGCAUGGUGCACUCUUAAACCUUCCUUUACUAUAAACACAGAGCAGCGUGUACCUACAGAGAACAAACCCUAACCCCCACUCCGGCAGACGCAGGUGGAAAUGGAGAAUAAACUACAUAUAACAGCUGCAAGUCACGUCUCUUAGAGCCUGUCUUCACUGCAGUGUUAGCACAAAGCAUCAUUCGACGGUUGCACUAACCCCACUCCUGUGCAUCCACACGCACCUCCAGCAGAGGUAACACUCAGCUCGCCGGCUGCUCGGGGAGCGCAGGCUGGAGCUGGAGUGCUGCUGAGGGUGGAGCUAGCAAUGCAGAGGGGACGCAGCUACUCCGCUGCUCUCACUCGAGCGAGGGGAACCAGAGCCCGGGCUGCAGAGGCGAGAUGCUCCAAACGCACCACGGGAAGGCGCUUGGACGCUGUGGUGAUGCCAACAGACUGUGACCCUGCACGGAACGGAGGGCACCUCACUGCGCCUAGGUAAGUCACAGGAAAUCAGGAGUCCCGGCUCCUAGCCCUGGGCUUUAAUUAUCGUCUCCAGCCUCCUUCAACGCCUCCCGGCCACCCACCAUCUCCGCAGCGGCAGCCGGAAAACUACAAUACCCAUAAUGCAUUUCUGCCGUGCGCAUGCGUGCAGACCAUUGUGACUCUGUUAACUGGUUACCGCUGCUCUCAAGCAAACCUGAAGACAGCGGUAUUUCCAAGCCUCAGGUUAAAUGGAAUCUACCUCUGGGAGCUGGAUGAUCUGUACUGACAGAGACUCAUCAUAGCAGCUCCACCACAUCUGGAGAUUGCAAUGAGUGGGGGAGGGGAGCAGCCAGACAUCCUCAGUGUGGGAAUCUUGGUCAAAGAAAGAUGGAAAGUGUUGAGGAAGAUAGGAGGUGGGGGGUUUGGAGAAAUUUAUGAUGCUCUGGACUUGCUCACCCGGGAAAAUGUUGCACUAAAGGUCGAGUCAGCUCAGCAACCAAAGCAAGUCCUGAAAAUGGAAGUGGCUGUGUUGAAGAAACUGCAAGGUAAAGACCAUGUUUGUAAAUUUAUUGGCUGUGGAAGGAAUGACAGAUUUAACUAUGUGGUCAUGCAGCUGCAGGGUCGGAAUUUGGCAGAUCUGCGUCGCAGCCAGUCUCGAGGGACCUUCACCAUGAGUACCACCCUGCGCCUGGGAAGGCAGAUUCUUGAGUCCAUUGAGAGCAUUCAUUCUGUGGGAUUCCUGCACAGAGACAUUAAACCAUCAAACUUUGCUAUGGGACGUUUCCCUAGCACUUGUAGGAAGUGUUACAUGCUGGAUUUUGGCUUGGCACGACAGUUUACAAACUCAUGUGGGGAUGUCAGACCGCCACGAGCUGUUGCGGGUUUUCGAGGAACAGUACGAUAUGCAUCAAUCAAUGCUCACAGAAACAGAGAAAUGGGAAGGCAUGAUGACCUCUGGUCCCUGUUUUACAUGUUAGUAGAGUUUGUGGUUGGACAGCUGCCUUGGAGAAAAAUAAAAGACAAGGAGCAAGUGGGCUCCAUAAAAGAGAGGUAUGACCACAGGCUCAUGUUGAAACAUCUCCCCCAAGAAUUCAACAUCUUUCUAGAUCACAUCUCCAAUUUAGAUUACUGUACAAAACCUGAUUACCAGCUUCUCAUGUCUGUGUUUGACAACAGUAUGAAAACUUCUGGAGUCAUUGAAAGUGACCCUUUUGACUGGGAGAAGAGUGGAACUGAUGGCUCUCUGACGACGACGACAACAUCAACAACUCCUCAGUUACAUACUCGCCUGACCCCAGCUGCAAUUGGAAUAGCCAAUGCCACACCUAUCCCAGGAGAUUUGCUGCGAGAGAACACGGAUGAGGUGUUUCCAGAUGAGCAGCUCAGUGAUGGGGAGAAUGGUAUUCCUAUUGGAGUCUCACCAGAGAAACUGCCUGGGUCCCCUGGACAUCAACGUCCUCAGGAAAAAGAUGUCUGGGAGGAGAUGGAUGCCAACAGAAACAAAAUAAAGCGGGGGAUCUGUAAGGCUUCUACAGAGGAGGAAAACAGCCAUGGACCAGUGAAUGGAAUGCUUAAUGCACCAAGCCUUGAUUCUCCAGUUCGAGUCCGCUCAGAGACCACCCAGCCAGACAGGGAUGUCCCACUGAUGAGAAAGUUACGUUCAAUCCACAGCUUUGAACUGGAGAAACGCCUGACCUUGGAGUCAAAGCCAGACACUGAUAAAUUUCUUGAGACCUGCUUGCAGAAGAUGCAGAAAGAUUCAAAUGCUGGGAAAGAAACUGCUGUUGCUGCUCCUCCUCUUCCUCAGAAAAUGUCUGUUCCUGCUGUGGCUGCCCGCGGUGACCGUGUCUGGCAUUAUGAUGAAGAAUAUCUUCCUGAUGCUUCUAAGCCUGCUUCAGCCAGUUCUCCAGAACAAGUUGAUGGCAUUGUUAGUAAUGGCUUUGUGGCUGUCAACUUAAGCUCCUGCCAGCAGGAGGUUGAUUCCAAGGAAUGGGUGAUAGUAGAUAAGGAACGGGAUUUGCAGGAUUUCAGGACCAAUGGGGCUUUAGUACAUAAAACAACUGGAAGUCCCUCAGAUGAGGAGCCUGAGGUGCUACAAGUCCUAGAGGAAUCCCCCCAAGAGGAACAGCUAAGACUGAGUACUUGGGCAGAAAACAACGUCCGUGCCAAGAAUGAGGCUGUAGGUGUGGGGUUAGAUCUACCUGUUGAUCAUGCUACUGCUGCUUCUGAACAAUUUUCAGAUAAAUUAGAAUUUAUGGCUGGAGUUGCUGGUCAGCUUCUUGCAGCCACACCUUCAAGUCCAGUGGAGGCCCAAGCAGAAGGAGCCCUCACUCUGCUCAACUCAUGUCACAUGCUGCAUUUCUCCACUCCGAGAAUUUCAAGUCCCAUCCUCCGCACCCUGAGCCCUAUUGCCCAUCUAUCCUCCCACUCGGACCCCAAGAAAGAGGCUGGGUUACCCAGGAGUCAAUCAGCAGAGAGCCAUUCCUCCUCUUCCCGCUCAACUGGCCGUAGGCAACUUCCUAUCAUUCCCAGUGGCAACAAGUUUCCCCCUGUCAUUCGCAUCUCAAAAGCACAACUCCAACAGAUAACAGUACCCAGACCAUCAGUGGCAUCCGCCCAAUCUGCCUCUGAGAGCUUUCAUUAUGGCCACCAGCUAGAGAAGAGGGACAGAAACACUCAUCCUAUGGAACACAUUGUGGAAUUUUCCUCUCCUAAGGAGAAUUUGCCUGGAUUGGUAGUGACAGAGGGUGCGCUUCCCACUAGUACCAGCAGAACAGAUCUGGUACUUCAGUUAAAUCAUAUCAACCAUGAGGUGCUUGAGAGGGAAUGGCACGUCAAAGAAUGUGUCAGACUCGCAGACUGUGGCCAAAAGGACCUACCUGAACAAUGUAGCAGUAGGGAGGAAGAAAAAGAACCUGGAAAUCUCGCUAUAGAAACUGAAGAAGGAAGGCUUCCAGUGGUUUCAGAGGAUGCCAUAAAAAUGUCUCACAAAGGGCAGAGUUCUUCUCCACCAGGGAGCUCAAAAUUUGUGGAAGGGAAACCUCCAGCUGCUAUUGAAUCUGCUGAUGAAUCACAGCCAAGGACUUCCUGCUUGGUGCUAAAUUCAGAUGCAAACUAUGAGGUACUGAAGUCAGCAGCAGCUGAGAUAUCAGAGGUUUCACCAUCAAGAGUCAUAGACCUAUUUGCUGAUAGACAGAAAAGUCAAAUAGUAGUCGUGCAGGAAAAUGGUUUCCAUGAUAAUGAAGAAAUUGAUCAUAGUGAAGACUUGGAAUGCCACCAGAUGGACCUUUCUACAUUUUUUCAGCAGGAGGGCAAAAGAGAGAAAAAUACCCCCAGAAAUGGAGAGCUGUUUCAUUGUAUGUCCGAGAAUGAGAGUUCUCAUCAAUCUAAGAAAGACUUAGUUAAGUCACCCUUUGUAGUCAGACAAAGUCGCAUACCAGUUUUAGCACAAGAAAUAGACUUGACAUCAGAAUCCACUUCUCCUGUUUCAGCAAAGGAAAAGCUUCUCCUAAAGAAGGCCCAUCAGACAGAUUUGGUCCGGCUUCUUGUGGAAAAGAGACAGCUCAAGACUUUCCUUGGUGACCUCUCAAGUGCCUCUGACAAGUCACUGGAGGACAAAGUGGCUGCUGCUCCUGUACCGUUUUCAGAGGAUGAAAUCUUAUCCUCCUUUUCCAGAGUGACACUGGACUCUCAUUUGGGCAAACAAUCUGAGGAUGGCUCUUUGUCACCAAGUAGCUCUCAGUCCAGAAAGAGCAAGAUUCCAAGGCUAGUAUCCUGGGCUACAACUGAUCAAGUCCCCAGUUCAACCUCAGCUCAAUUCUUUCCUCGUCCACCCCCGGGAAAACCACCAACUAGGCCUGGGGUAGAAGCCAGAUUACGCAGGUACAGAGUUCUAGGGAGCAGCAACUCAGACUCAGACCUUAUCUCUCGUCUGGCUCAAAUCCUUCAGAAUGGAUCUCAAAAGCCAAGGAGCUCCACCCAGUGUAAGAGUCCAGGAUCACCACAUAGCCCAAAAACGCCCCCUAAAAGCCCUGUCAUCCCUCGACGCAGCCCCAGUGCUUCCCCUCGGAGCUCUUCCUUACCCCGUACAGCCAGUUCUUCACCAUCCCGGGCUGGACGGCCCCACCAUGACCAGAAGAGUUCAUCCUCACACCUUGGGAGGAGUAAAUCGCCUCCUAGCCAUUCAGGCUCCUCAUCCUCUAGGAGGUCCUGCCAACAAGAGCACUUCUGCAGCAAACCAAGCAAGAAUGGUCUAAAAGGAUCCAACAGCUCCUGCCACCACUCCCCAAACACUAAAACCCCCACAGGAAAGAGCAAAUCUGCUAGUAAACUUAGCAGAUAGGAACUGAGCCUUGACAGGUGUAAAAGCCUUCUUGUAAUUUGAUGCAUGUUGUGUCUAUGUACUGUGUAUUUAAACAAAAAACAAAAAAACCCAAAAAACAAAACAAAAAAAUCAGUAUUGAAUCCUUGCUUUCAAAAGAGAGAAAAUAUAUGAUAAAUUAUUUGACAAGUCCAUAGUGUGUAAAUGAGUGGCCAGGCAUUGCCUAAUGACAGACAGCAAGCAGAUCAGGGAGGGUGGUAGAGGCCAGAUAAGGACAGACAAAGAUGUGUGGAACAUUUGAAGUUAAAAUGACCUCUAAGGUGAGUGUUUUAAUAGGGUUUUUUAUUUAUUUAUGGUUUUUAUGUUGUGUACUUAGAUUUGGCCUAAUUAUUUAAGGCCUUUCUCAAAGAAUAUGUAAUAGAACGUGAAACAUCCAGUUUUAUUUCCACAAUGAUACCACCAUCUCUGAGACAGGAACUGCUCAGGCAUUUAUUUGUAGAAUUUUAAGUAAGCACAUUAUUUGGAAGAUAUUUCUAAUUUGUGAGUCUUUUUAGUGUCAGGCUGUGAACAUCUCUUUCUGUGUCAUUCAGUGUCCAUCCCAACCCCCCCCCCCCAUGGCACAGAUUCCCGUAUCUAAAAAAAAAUUAUACACUUCACCUGUAUACUGAUGACCUUUUAAAAAUAAGUUUUAACGUUUUCUGAGUUUUAUAGUGUUAUUUUGCAGGGCAUUUGUCUUUUGUUAGUAUUCAAGAACCUUUAAACAUCAAUCAUGUUGCUUUUUUCCUUCUUAAUCCAUGGUUCUCCUCUCCAGGCCUGUAUUAUGUACAUUCUGGAGACAGUCAUUCCAAUCUGAGUUAUGGGAGAAAAAAGGAAGUCUUCAGGCUGGAGGGUUGUUGCAGACUUACCAUAUACUGCUGUGUGUAUUUUGGUCAGAAGUAUGUAAACCUGUUUGUCUGAGUGCAAAAGAGAGCCUUUGUUACAACAAUCAUUUUCCUAUUAGCUAUGGGCUACUUAAACCUUUAUUGACCUUAUUCACAAUGAUGCUGUCUUGACAUUAAACCCAAGAUAGUGAAGCUGAGAAGGAGUAGAGAGAACUACAAACUCAGAUUCAUUUUUUACCUUGGAAUUUAGGUUAAGUCUAGAAGAUGGACUGUAUGUAUGUUCUCCGUGCUGAAAGGUGAGUGCAGAGCCUGUACACUUGCUAGGUUAUAGAUAAGAAGAAUAAAGCCCUUCACUCCCACUUCCUACAGAAUUGGAAUGAGAAUAUUUGGCAAUAUAACCAGAGAGAAGAAAAAAAUAUCAGAAAAUUUAUCUGUUGGGAUUUUUGUUUUCCCUUUUGACCAAAUGUCUCUUAGGAAAGCCAGACCCCUUCACUGUGAAUAAAGUCCAUGGUGCCUAUUUUCCCCAAACAAGUUCCUUUAGUACUCACUUAAUAUGCUGUAGAGGAUCAUUGUAGGACACUUUAGGGAUAUGGCAGCUUUUACUGUGUUCAGAAAUGGAUAGUGGUCAGAAUAGUUUAAAACACGGGAAUACAAGUCUGAAAGGGAUACAUUAGCAUCCCGAAUACUACCUGUCCCAGGGGUGCUGGAUAUGUGGAAGCACUGUCAGUUACUGAUCUGCUUGCUGUAGUUGUAUGCCUUCCUAGCCAGCAUCUGUGCUUUUUAUUUAACCUCUAUUUGCUGCCAAACUAGUACCUUUGGAUUGAAAAGGAAAUAUUUCCUCUCUGAGCUAACACAUUUCUGAUGCUGCAUCACAGCUGCCCUGGAGCGGCACUGAAUUUCACUUGUUCUGUCAGAAUGUGUUGGGAUUUUCUUCUUCCUCCUGUGUAUACUGUUUUCCAUAAGUAAUGUAGCACAGUAUGGAACCUUAGUUUAAUUCAGGUUUCAAGCACUGCAGUGGAAUGCAAAAGGUAGGGCAUACCUGCUCUUUCUGAAGAAACUAUACCAUUGGAAAGGCUUAUUCCUGUGUAUUAUAUUGUAUUAUAGGUACUAUACUAAUGAUUGCAUGUCAUCAUGGUAAAUUAUAUAAUAUAAAUAUUUAUAAAUAUAUAUAUACAUAUGCUUAUAUAAAUUCACUUACUCUUUCUCAUUCUCCAUUUGUAAUUUAUGAUGCAAUUCUUUUUCUGUUGCGUGUCUGAAUACUCUUGGCGUUGCAUCUCUCAUUUCCUGAAAAUAGUUUCCUGGCAUCCACAAAGUCAAGUAGCCUUCAUGCCUCAGUACAGGGAUGAAGGGUUGGUGAUGUGUCAGCAAGCCAGUGUUUUGUCUCUCAGCCUUUUCCUUUUAUUUAUAUUUUUUGUUUGUUUGUCUGUUUGCGUGUGAAACAGGAGCACAGACUCAGAGGUAUUGUAUCUUUGAUUAUAAGAGGAUUUGUAAUUACUGUUUUUUCAUUUCACAAUGUACAUUUUUAAGCUGCAACAUUGCUCAUGAUACAGUAGCAGUGACAGUUAAUAAAUACCUAAUAGAUGACUAUGACAAAAAAAAAAUCAAACCCCAUCUUUUCUUUUUUGAUUUCCUUACCUGUCACCAUGCAGUAUACACUAACAAGAGUUGGAUCCCAUUGUAGACAUCUCUCCCCAAGGCUCUGCUGAUACUGUCUCUUAAGGCAUUGUGGCAGCUUAUGAUAAUUUUUCAUUCUCAAUUUUCUGAGGAGCAUUCGCUUUGGUCUUUGAGUUUGUCCUAUAUGAGUGAGGUGUAUGGGAGUGUUGGUAUUAACUUCAGUGGGGGCAGGUUUGGGCUCUGUGCCCUUCCCCUGAAAUAUUGAAAAUAAAGUAUUUACCUUUUCUCCUUGAUACAACAGGAUCCAGAACCAGGUAAUCACUGUUAUUGUAAGAAUAGUUUGUUUUACGGGUGAGGGGAGACAUAAAACUCAAGAUAUUUUCCUUCUCUCUGCCAGAGUAAAAUAUAUCCAUAUUGUUCAAUAUUACGUACUAAUGAAUAAAAGAGAGAACAUUGAUCUUGUAGAAAUAUAUUACUAUUUGUACUUUUUGCCAAUACAAAGAGAGGAACUACAUCUGAAUGGGGGAAAGCACAAAGAAGAGGAUGGUGCUUUUGGCAUUUUCAGUGCAAUGAUGGUAAAAGAACUUUAUGUCCCUGGUGGUGGCUUACUGCCACAGAUUUUGUAGCUGGUUAGAAAUAGAAGCAGUUUAUGUUUAUGGAUAGGUCAAGAUUACAGCCUCUCUUGUACUUUUCUUCCUACUUUUACUUUGUUGGUUAUAUAACUCCUCCCCCGUGAAGGUAACAAAAUUGAGUAUUAUGAACUAAACUAUCAGCAAAUGUAGCUAUAUAGUAAUCAAGCCCUGUGUAAUUGCCAUCCUUGUAAUAUUUCUAGAAGGGCCUCUGUAAUCAUCAGUGACCCUAUAAAGAAUAAAUCCCAGCAGUGUAAAUAUAUAAAUUAUUAUACAUUUAAUUCCAGUUAUUUAAAGCACCAAAGGACAAUGGCCCUGUGUAAAGUCUAAGUAAAUGGCUUUGUGCAGGGAAGCUCUGCCAUGCUUAGGAAAGGGAGAAUCUUCCCCAGAGCCCAGAGAAGCUGCAGCCAUUCUACGUGGUUAGCAGAAGCUUCCCCUUACUCUAAGGUUAGUUCAUGGACCCACUGGCUAUACCCUCCUUCAAUCCUAAUCUCCAUUUCUUUAGAGAGAACUGCCAUGCAGCCAAGACAUACAGGGCUUUCAGAUUCCUCCUGCACAAUUCCUCUUCAGUAUUCUCCAUCUGUUCUGAAACUGUGGCAGUUCCAUUGCUUUCGGGGGGCUUUUGUGGCCAAGUGGGGGAAGUUGGGAAAGGGGCAGAAUUUCCCUCUGCCUAAAUGACUGCCAAGCCCUCCAGAGCAUUUUUUCACAGCUGUCAGUAUGGAUCCCUUAAUGUAUUAAAUGAAAUAAAAUCCAGCAUUUGAUAUUUCACUUCCAAAUAACAGAUUUUUGAGCUGCUAUUUUGCAGUGAGCUUAGUUUGUAUUUUUUUAAAAUGUAUCUUAGUAUUGGCAAAACCUUUUCAGGGUACACUGACUAUAUUAACUAUAGGCAGAAUCCUGCCCCUGACUUAAUGAGUUAUGCGACAUGCUGGAGUUGGCAGAGAAAAGGAUGCUAAGCAUACAUCUGCCACUAGAGCAGGACAGGGUGGGAAUAGGUAACAUGCUGCUAGGUGAACUGUGCUACUGCUCUGAAAAAGGAGUCAUACUUAGCCCCAGCUACCAGUAUAUAUGUUAGCUGGCUGGGUGAGUGUGGUGGGGCAGGGCAUUCCCUGUAGCUGGUAAGCAUAUCCUCUCUGGGAACUACAAAGUAAAAUCCUGUCUUGAUGUUUGCAUGGGUGAGAAACAAGCUCCCUAUGCCCUCACCUCACAGAAUACUCAUGAAGCACAGGGCUCUAUCUUGUCCUAUAUGUUUAAAAGUGGGCUGAUGGGCUUUUCAUCUUUCAAGGCCUGAGUUCUGAGAGCUCCAUUCCAUGCAUUGCUGGGGCGUUUGUGAUCAUUAACUAUAGCAAGAGAAACACUGAAGUUGGUCUUUAAAAGUAGUUCCAUUCACCUUCCAUUUUUUGGAUAAAAGUGUGUGGGAACUACUUUAGCUAUUGCCUCCUCUUUGUUAGAAUUCAGCUGCCAGAACUAGCUGAGGCCCACUGUACUUUCAUUUAGUUUGACCUCCUCCUUGAACUACCCUUAUCCCUGGCCUAAUUGCCACACCGCCCCCCUUCCAAAUCACAGGCAUAAUUUGGGCAAAAUACCCAUGCUCCCUAUAACUGCAGUAGCAUUUGUGGCAGUGACUGAACUGUAAUGUGCUAUAAAACCAUAUUCUUCUCUCCCUCCCUAAAGUAGAACUUAGGCAAUGUCUGACUUAUACUACAGUCUCCCUGUCUGCCAGCAAGUGACCUUUUCCAUAACAAAUUGUACAUUUUCCGCAGAACUCUAAAGGACAUGAAUUCUAAUAGCAAUAUCAACAUGAGAAUGAAGAGCUGCCAGAGGGUAAUUAUUUCAAUCUCUUAAAAAUGAGUUAGUGGCAAAGAACUGAUGCAUACCUCCCACUACUGUUUGAUAUAAUGAUUUUUUCUUUGUUUCACCUAAAAUAUUUUUGCACAUUUCAUUUCGGUGACAAAAUGAACCUUCCAAAAAUGAAUGGGAGGAAUGAGUUGCAAUCACAGUCCAAUUGACUUCUGGUCAUUCGGGUAUAAAAUAACUAUUUGCUUUCUUAUGGGCCUGGUCCUGUGAGUUGCUGAAUGCCAACUCCUGUUGACUUCUGUUAGAGUUGAGGAUGCUCAGCAGCUUGCAGAAUUAGGCUCAUAAAGUACACAGCAUCAUUCCAAAUGUCUUUUGGUUCAUCUAUGCUUCCACUGUAACACAGUCAGGGGACCUGGUUACAAUAUUGAUAAAAGCUGUAGUAUUUAACCAUGUCCCUGUGUUUAACUGUUAAAAGCUAUGGAUGGCCCUUACUGUUACUGGAGCUUUCAGUACAAUGCCUAAUCCUUUCAUGUAUCUCUUUGGUGCAAAUGCAAGGAAACUAGACAGUGAACAAAUGAAUCUUAAGGAAUACUUAAGUCACCACAAUAUACAUAAACACCCAAUCUGUACUUUUCUGGCUUCCCACCUGAACUCCCCUUCCCCUGAAACACAAACACACAAAUCUCUUUGGGAAAAAUAAGUAAGGGAGAACUUGGAUUGUGUAGUGACUCUUACUACCUGGGUUUCCUGUAGGACGCUGUCUAAAGCAGAGGAGUUUGUAUAAUCACAAUAACAGCAGGCUCUAUAGUCUGAUGCUUUAAAUCAUUUGUCUUUAUUUAAUAGAGUCAGAUAUCCCUUUAAGACAAAAAUAUAUAGAAGUUUAUUAUCUCUAGGUACUGUAUGUUAACUUAGUGGCUACUCCAUUCAAGUUUUGUUUUAUAUUUUGACUUUCAUUCCAUCCAUUGUCACUAAUAGUGUCUCUUAAGAGUAACAAUGACAAACCUCUAGUACUUGCAAUCUUUCCUGUAUAGUAUAGCUGUUUUUUGUCAGCCAGUCACUUUCCAAGAUGCUCAGCAUGCAUGCCAGAUAAUCAUGGGAAUGACUCUCCCUUUGCAAAAGUUGUUCAUUGAGGGGAAAAUUAUAUUCAGAAAUUAGUAUGUGGUUGAUGUAUAAAGCUAGCACACGAGAGUGUUCUGAACUGCAAGGCUCAGAUAUUGACCUGAACGUUCUCAAAGAUUCAUGGUAUCUGGAGCCUCUGUUUUGGUUCAGGGUCCAUCUCUCAUUAGUGCUAGAGACUGUGCAGUGCAAAACUUGAGCUUGAAUAUAACAAAGGCUUUAACCGAAAUGCUGAAAUAAAGAAACCCUGCUUUAUACAAAUGGGUAUAUGAUGAUUCAAAUGUUUUGCUGCUUAGGCCUUCAUCAAUAUCCUUAUCCAGUGCAAAUGUUGGCUUAUAUGAUCUGUAAGUUUUACUGUCUACUACUUCCAUUCCUCCUGCAUACGGGUAACUUAGAUUUUGGGCUGGUCCAGCCAUUUUCAUGCAAGUGAAACUCUCAUUGAAGUCAGUGGAGGUUUUGCCUGUGUGUGGACUGAAGGAAUGGGUCCACUGUGAGGAUAUUUACAGUUGCUGGUUAUUUUAUUUGGAAAAUGAAUGUGAUGUGGCCACCAUGCAGACCUGUGUCCCCUCCUAGUUUAUUAUAGCAACUGCUGUGACCAGGGGUGGAGAGCACAUGGUCUCAAAAGCAAUAUCAUAAACAGGCUGCCCAUAAGAAGUGUUGACCAUCCACAACUCUCAAAAGGAAUUUAACUACCUCCAAUGGGAGUUGCAGUUGUUAGCCUCCUUUCAGGAUCAGUUCAUCUGUGAACUGGCCAGUGUACAGGGUUCUCUAACAGCAGGACAGUUUGCAUCUUCCCCCAAAGAUACAAUGUUGAUGGGCCUUGUCUUCCCAUGUAUGGAGAAUGGGAGUCAUUUGGGGUCUCAAACCCCUAUCUACUGCAUGGCAGAGCAAGGUCAUGAUAAUUUGACAUUGGAGAAGUCAGCCUUUUUUUAAAAAGCUGUUUCACACCCCCGGUGCCUCCACCUGCCUGAAAGAAUCCCAGAAGUAGGUUGCUUGGAAAUCUUCCCUGGCCAGAGCAAGGUUCCAAAGUCUUCCUCUGAUUUCCCCCUUGAAUUAGCCCAGACACAAGCUGUUAUGAUUUUCAACUGCUUUCCUACAAGUAUCAAGUCCAAUAAAUAAAGGAAAUCACCAGCAGUGCUUAGGCACAAGUAGUGAACUUCUGAAUCUGUGAACCGUUGGCUGCUAAUCUAAAAUCUUGGAGCAAUACCACAAAGAAAUGAAAAUCUGUAAAUCAACUAAAGAUAGAAUGUUCAGUGAAUCCAAUAAGAAGACAUUUAAUAACUCAAGAUUUAGUCUAUGGUAUAAUUAAUUUAUGUUUUUCCCAGAGCUUAUUGGUUACCAUUUUGAGAGGCAAUUGUUGAGUCUUCCAGACUCUCUUGCCCUGUACUUGUCCCCGUUUCUCCCCGCACCCCCACCCCCCCGCCCGUGAAAUCUUGUAAGCCAUUUUUUUUUCUUUUUGCUCAGGCAUCCAAGAACAUAAGUUUUGGCAGAACAGCUAAUAUACUUGUAACAGUCAUUUGUAUAUAAAGGUGUAAUUAUUUAUUUUUUUCCCAUUUGUACCAUAUCAAGGCUUUGUACAAUGUUUUAUGUUCUGUUUUCAAAUUAUUUUAUAUUUUAUUUUUAUAAACUGGUUCUAAAUAAAAUAUUCAUUCAGCAUGCAAAACUGCAAUCCUUGACUGCCUAUGAAUGAUGAGUUUACUGUUUAUAAAGCUCCUAACCAAUUAUUUUUAUAGCCUAUUUCUUGACUGUUAUAACUCUGAACUUAUAAACGGAGAGAAGCAGCACCAAUUGUGUUAUGACAUGCUUUUUUGUUACUUAGAAAGUACACAGUGGAAAUGUGUUGGUCCUAGAGCAAGCAACAGUGAGAUGUUCAUGUUGCAAACUGGAGUAGUUGAACCAAAGAGCUCCUACUGAUUCAGCAGCCUCAUACUCAUUACAGUGGAAAGGGUAGACACUUUAGCUUUGCUCUAUUUCUUGCCCCACUCCUUCCAUCCAACCAAGCAAUGAUUCUGCUACAGGUCAGGUUCAGUGUAGUAAAAAUAUGGCAGAUUCCAAAUAUGACAUUCUGAGGCCUGGUCUACACUAGGAAGUUAGGUCAAUAUAACUGUCAUUCAGAGGUGUGAAUAAUCCACACCCCUGGGCGACACAGUUAAACUGACCUAACCACCAGUGUAGAUGGUGCUAGGUUGAUAGGAGAAUUCUUCUGUUGACCUAGCUACUGCCUCUCAGGGAGAUAGAUUACCUAUGCCAUCAGGAGAACCCCU